AUGGAAACAACUGCAGACACUUCCACCUCCGCCGGGGCAGAGACUGAGCAGCAGGAGGCACCUGGCACUAAGAGACAACCUCAGCAGGCACCUGUCACUAAGAGACAACCUCAGCAGGCACCUGGCACUAAGAGACAACCUCAGCAGGCACCUGGUGAGAACAACCUCAGCAGGCACCUGAGACAACCUCAGCAGGCAGACAACCUCAGCAGAGCAGGCACACUCAGCUGGCACCUGGCACUAGAGACAACAGCUGGCACACUAAGGCAACCUCAGCAGGUAUCUGAGACUGAUAGACAACCUCAGCAGGCACCUGGCACUAAGAGACAACCUCAGCUGGCACCUGGCACUAAGAGACAACCUCAGCUGGCACCUGGUACUAAGAGACAACCUCAGCUGGCACCUGGUACUAAGAGGCAACCUCAGCAGGCACCUGGCCCCAAGAGGCAACCUCAGCAGGCACCUGGUACUAAGAGACAACCUCAGCUGGCACCUGGCACUAAGAGACAACCUCAGCAGUCACCUGGAACCUCAGCAGGCACCUGGUAG